CGAAUUUCGAAAUUCAUAACGUAUCUUUUGUUGCUCGUGCGCUCUCGAAGUUUUCUUUGUGCGUUCUUUCGAGAUUAUUGUGCAUAAAGUGAAUUCAAUCAUCAAAACUUUAUUAGAAAUUAAAAAUAUUACUGCGUUUUUACUUAAACCUGUGAAAAGUGUUAUUUUAUCUCUCAAAACAUACCAAUAACGGCUUAAAUAGUUGUCAAUAUGUCACGAGACAUCUAUUAUUCAGAAAAAUAUUACGAUGAAGAACAUGAAUACAGGCAUGUAGUGUUACCCAAAGAAAUGGUGAAACUGGUACCAAAAAAUCAUUUGAUGUCUGAACAAGAGUGGCGUAGCAUUGGUGUACAACAGAGUCAAGGAUGGGUGCACUACAUGACACAUCAACCAGAACCACAUAUUUUAUUGUUCCGAAGAAAAAAGACAACAUCACUAAAAAAGUGAAGGGAUUAUAAAUGUUAUGUGUAUUUAAGUUGUAAUUGUACAGUUCUGUCAUGAAAUGUAGAUGUAAUAUUAGUUAAGGGUUGCUUAUAACAAACUCCACAUAAUUAUUUCAUGUUGAUUAUGAAAUAUAUAGGUCCAUGUUUGUGCCAUGACAGAACUUGAGUUCCUGUUUACUUGUGAUAGUUACAAAUUUAUGUAUACUGUGUCUAAAAGAUGAACUAAUCAUUUUAACACUCCCACCAAUAAUUAUCAUGAAAGAAGCCCACCUUAAUAUUAUAGCUGAUGUAUGUAAUUAUUUUUAUAGCUAAUGCUGGUAACAUG